CAUAAGAAUACUGGAAUUUAAUGAAUAAAAACAAUUCAAUAAUUACUUCUAUCUAUAUACAGACGAAAUGUCCCGCAGUGCCCGUCCUUUGACUUCAGCCCGUGUGCUGCAUAAGAUUAAGGCUCUCACGUCACAGCCGUCUGUCAAUGAAGCCGGAAACUUUGCGACCAACAGAAAUCCUAGAAAUUUGGAGCGACUACGUAUAGCCUACAAGCCUGUGGGUUAUCAUCUAGAGAAACCGGGACGCUCGUAUUGGCACACACUGGAGAUUAACAGUAGCGGGCGUUAUGUCAGUGCCGAUGUCAAGCAUUUCGAGAAUGGAGUAAUCCUCUCGGCCAGCACCUCCGAAUGGGCGAUUAAGCAACAAUUGUAUAAGACUAACGAUACGGCUGCCUAUGUCAAUCUAGGACGAGUCCUGGCCCAACGUUGCCUGCGGGCAGGCAUCACAGAGAUGACAUGUCAGGUGGAGGCGCCAGUGAAGGGCAGCAAACUGGAUAAACUUUUGCAAACUGUCCAAGAGAAUGGUGUUUCAUUUGAGGAGCCUUCCCGGCUGGAUAAUACCCAACCCUGGGAUGCUCAGCGGCAAGAAAAACCCUGGGAAGUCUUCGAAGAGAAAUAAAAUAAAACUACAUUUUAAGUUACGUUUCGCUACGUUUUUUGUUAUUGUUUAAUUUUAUCUAAAAUUAAAGCGAAUCAUAUUUAUAGCGCUUA